AUGUGCUUCUACAACCAAAAGAAGUUUGCUUGCGGCGACUGGUCCUGGGGUAGCUUCGCCGCCAAGUGCAACCAUGAAUACCGAAUGGGCGAAACUUGCGGGAUGAAACUCGUUAACCAUACCGAGUUUAUUCAAGUCCAAUGCAAGCUUUGCGAGAAAAUUGCGACAAAGCAUCGCAGACGAGACAAUGAGCUCGCACGGAUACGACGCUGGCAUGACGAGGGCGGCCUCAUGAAGGCCUCCAUUGAAAAGUCACAGUCCCUCGUGAAAGAUUUGGAACAGGAGAUCAAGCAGCUUGAAUACGAACGACACACGAAACAGAGAACCUUGGGCAAGGGAGGAAAAUAA